UCAAACUAAAAAAUUCAGUCUUCUGUGUGGGUUCUCUUCUCUGACAGCAACAUCUGACCAGACCGGACAACAUCAUCAUCAACAACAAUCGAAUGAAUCGAUCUUAACAUUCAAUAUCAAAGCUCAACCCUCCGAUCCCAGCUGCCAAUUUCUCCUCCUUCCAAGUUCUUGAUUGAAAUCAGGGGGAAGAAUCCAUUUUGGAGGUUAAUCGAAGCUCGAGCUCGCCGGAUUUCUUGUUGGGUACAUGGGUUCCGAUAAGCAGACCCCGGUACCAACCGUCGACGAAGAUCCGCCGACUCCGUCGACUGCCCUCCUCUCCUUCAACACAGAGGACUCGUCCUCCGCCGCCUCUGAUGACUCUGCCGCCGCCGCCGCCGCCUCCGCCUCCAAAGGCAAGUCUUUCCUGUCAGAGAAGCCCACCACCACCAUCGUUUUCAUCUCCCUCCUCCUCCUCACCUGCAUCGCCCUCUCCGCCGCCAGUGCCUUCGCCUUCCUCUUUUUCUCCUCCUCCUCCGACGGUAGCAGGUCGGCGUUGGCCCCGUCCCAAGCGGCCGCCCGCCCGCUCGUGAAGCUGCAGAGGCCGGUGGUUCUGCUGGUUUCCUCCGACGGGUUCCGGUUCGGGUACCAGUUCAAGACCGACACCCCGAACAUCCGCCGCCUGAUCGCCAAUGGGACCGGGGCUGAACAGGGCCUGAUCCCGGUCUUUCCCUCACUCACCUUCCCGAAUCAUUACUCGAUCGUCACCGGACUGUACCCGGCUUACCAUGGUAUCAUCAAUAACUUUUUUGUGGACCCUAAUACAGGGGAUUACUUCACCAUGGGGAGCCACGAGCCGAAGUGGUGGCUCGGGGAGCCGCUGUGGGAGACCGUCGUUAAGCAUGGACUCCGGGCGGCGACCUACUUCUGGCCUGGGUCUGAGGUCAACAAGGGCCCUUGGACUUGCCCCAAGGAAUUCUGUAAGUUCUACAAUGGGUCGGUCCCCUUCGAGGAAAGGGUUGACACUGUGUUGAGCUACUUUGAUUUGCCGGCCGAGGAAAUGCCCGCUUUCAUGACGUUGUAUUUCGAGGAUCCUGAUCAUCAGGGUCAUAAGGUGGGCCCUGAUGAUCCCCAGAUUACUGAGGCAGUUGCGCGGAUCGAUUGGAUGAUGGGGAAGCUGAUCAAGGGUUUGGAAGAAAGAGGGGUUUUCGACGAUGUUAACAUAAUCAUGGUUGGUGAUCAUGGAAUGGUGGGCACCUGCGAUAAGAAGCUGAUUUUCCUGGAUGAAUUGAACCCAUGGAUCGAAGUUCCUCCGGCGUGGGUCCAGUCGCACACCCCAUUGCUCGCAAUUAAGCCACCACCGGGUGUAUCGCCAGCUGAUGUCGUAGAGAAGAUGAACGAAGGCCUACAGUCAGGAAAAGUUACCAAUGGGAAAUACCUGAAGGUUUACCUUAAAGAAAACCUUCCGAGCAGGCUCCACUAUGCGGCAAGUGAUCGUAUCGCCCCUAUAAUUGGUCUCAUUGAUGAAGGGUUCAAGGUGGAACAGAAGAAAUCGAAGCGUCAAGAGUGUGGUGGAGCACACGGGUAUGACAACAGCAUCUUCUCGAUGCGCACCAUAUUUAUUGGCCAUGGCCCGAAUUUUGCUCAGGGAAGGAAAGUCCCGUCCUUUGAGAAUGUUCAGAUUUACAACCUCAUCACUUCGAUCCUGAAGAUACAGGGUGCACCCAAUAACGGGUCAUAUUCGUUCCCGCAGUCUGUUCUCUUGUCUACCCCUUGAUGUGGAUCUGAGAAUCGGCUCGGGGUAUUAUUUCAAAGGCACUAAGCUUAUGCCGAUGCCAGCAUAGAUGGCUGUUAGUGUAGGAAUUGUAAUGCCGCAUAGGAGUAGAAAUGUAAGGAUUUUAGACUCCUGGGGAUCACCUGUCGGGCCGUGCAUACGAGUAGCAAAUAAUGCGCCGUCCAAAACUUUGGUUCCCCAUUGAUUAUGAGCUCCACAAGUAACAAGCUUUGAUGUUGUUGAACGCUUGAUGUAGGAUGAUCUCAAAGGUUUAUUCUGGUUUUGUUUAUUCAUCUGCAUAGGUCAAAAUGUUAGUAUGAUAUAUUGCUGGAUGGUCGUUCAAACUUGAGCGGCUCAUGGAUGUCGUAAUUGAGAUGGAGAUGAUGGUGAAUCAUCUAUGAAUCAAUCCCCUUCAACACGGACUAGAGUAAUUCAACUGAA